AUGACUGCUCAUAACACGUCCACCACUGCCAAGUCGAUCUUUGUCGUCAAGUACAUGAACCUCAUGGGCCGUGCUGGCAUCGUUCGAGCGUUGCUUCACCUUGCAGGACAAGAGUACACAAACGAGUUUGUUACCCUGGACUCUGUUGCGAACGACCGCUCCCUUUACCCCUUUGGCCAUGUCCCCGUGCUGAUCGAGACCUUGCCUGACGGAUCGACCUUUGAACUGGGCGAGACCCUUGCUAUCGAGCAAUACCUGGCCGAAAAGUUUGGUCUCCUCGGAACAACCCCGCAGGAAGCCGCUGUCCGUAAAUCGGUCGCCCUCAACAUUUAUUUGGAACUCUACGCCCCUUGUUUCAGCAGCACCACGCCCAUUCAACAGGUCAUCGCCGACCCGACCUCGGAAUUCAUGACCAAGACCUUACCUCAGUUCAUUGCUACGCAUGAGCGCUGGCUCAACAAGAACGGGAACAAUGGAUACUACUUUGGAAAUAGUUUGUCGUACCCCGACCUUGUGUUGUUGAACUGGAUCAGGGUCCUGGAAGGGAUGGGUGUGAAGUUUGAUGUCGAUAGUCCUCUGAAGAAGUUAGAGGGGACUAUGAAGGGAUUGGAUGCUUGGAAGGGCCAGUAUGAUGCCUAUCACCCUUUUAGCAUGAUCGAACCUUAA